ACACUGAAGUCAAAGGCCGCUUCGAUAACCGCUCGAAUGGGUUGGCUGAGAGGAUUAAAGCGAAACAAAAAUAUGGUCUUUUGAAGGUUUACGUCCACCAUGGCUAGCCUAAAGACAUACCAAUGGAUUCCUAAACAUUCUUAGGUUGUGGUGAAGGUGAAAUUGCUGCGCCGUUAACGAAAUCUUGAGGAUAUUUUACUUUUUUUCCCUUUGGACGUCUGUUUGUUGCUCUUCUCGGGUUUAACAAGCUAGCGCUAGCCUCUAUCCUGGUUAGCUUUUUAUUUUUCUUUUUUCUUUUUUUAUUUUGGCUGCGAUGGUCGUCGCGACUUUAUGCGGAUGUCUUCGGACCUUAAAUCCCACCAACUAUUACUAAUGGGACUACCCAGCAUCCCCCAGAAACAUUGCGACAUAGAUUAAACGUUUAAUAUUUGGAUAUCUAUUUGAUUUACUUGGAAAUCCACCAGAGACAGAGAGGAUUCACUGGAUACUGCAGCAGCAAGCUUUUUUUUUUUUUUUUUUUUUUCCCCCCCCUUCUUGUCGGAUUUAACACGCUGACAUUCUCCCACAACCAUGGAAUCGACUGUUGAUGACGAUGCAAUGGCAGCGUGAAUGAAGUUUGGCGUGGGGAGAACUGAACGAUGCCCAAAGGUGGGGGUUCCAAAACCCCCCAACUGGACCACUUCCCACUCAACACCGACAUGGUGGAAAAACAGGGUGGGAAAAAGGAUAAAGUGUUGUCUAAUAAGACUCCCAAACUGGAUCGCAGUGAUGGGGUCAAAGAGAUGAAAGAGAAAGCCCCCAAAAGGAAGCUGCCAUUCACUACUGGAGCAAAUGGAGACCAGAAAGAUUCCGACUCAGAGAAACCAGGUCCAGAGAGGAAGCGUAUUAAAAAGGAACCCACUAACACCCGGAAGGCGGGGUUGCCGUUUGGAAUGGGGAUGCCAGGGAUCCGGGCCGGGUAUCCCCUUUCUGAGCGGCAGCAGGUGGCCCUGCUUAUGCAAAUGACGGCUGAGGAGUCCGUUAACAGUCCAGAUACAACACCAAAGCAUCAGUCACAGUCCAGCCUAGGUCAGAAGGGAACGCCAAACUCUGCAUCUAAAACCAAAGACAAAGUAAACAAGCGAAAUGAGAGAGGAGAGACGCGAUUGCACAGAGCAGCAAUCCGUGGGGAGGUACGCCGCAUCAAGGAGCUCAUCAGUGAGGGAGCUGAUGUGAAUGUAAAGGACUUUGCAGGCUGGACUGCAUUGCACGAAGCAUGCAACAGAGGGUAUUAUGAAGUGGCCAAGCAGCUGCUGGCAGCCGGUGCUGAAGUCAACACCAAGGGUCUGGAUGAUGACACUCCUCUGCAUGAUGCGUCCAACAAUGGACAUUUUAAGGUGGUUAAGCUACUUUUACGUUAUGGAGGGGACCCACGACAAAGCAACAGGAGAGGUGAAACCCCACUAAAGGUUGCCAACUCUCCAACUAUGCUGAAUUUGUUGCUGGGGAAAGGCACUUACACCUCCAGUGAGGAGAGUUCAACAGAAUCUUCAGAGGAGGAAGAUGCCCCCUCGUUUGCCCCUUCAAGCUCUGUUGAUGGCAAUAACACAGACUCUGAGUUUGAGAAGGGUCUGAAGUUAAAAGGAAAAACUGCAGACGCUCCCAAAUCUGCUGUCACACCCGUCAAAGAUGAAUACGAAUUUGAUGAGGAUGAUGAGGAGGAACGUGUCCCUCCUGAAGAUGAUAAACACAUUUUGAAAAAAGACUUCAGAAAAGAAUCGGUUACUAAGACCAACAGCUUCAUCUCCAUACCCAAGAUGGAGGUUAAAACGUAUUCCAAAAGCAACUCGCUCACACCAAAGAAAACUGUUAGGCGGAUCAUCUCUGACAGUAACAGUUCAGACGAAGAUGAUAGAACGUUGUGUUUCACACCAGCGCCUACGCCGCGGCAACAAGCCCAGCAAACAAAUACCAAGACUCGGGAUUCUGCCAGCAUGAGCUCAAAACAACAGAAAGACAAAAAUAAAGUGAAAAAGAAGCGAAAGAAGGAGAGUAAAAACAAUGCCAGUAAAGAAGUACGGUUUGGUAAAGUCAACGACAAAUUCUGUACGUCUGACUCAGAUUGUGGUGACAUGGAAAGUGAGGACGAUAAGGGCUUAAACAGUAUAAAGGAUCCCUCUGCAAUGAACCUGAAAGAAUCUACUAGUUUAAAUGCAUCAUCCUCCUCCUCUUCCCACGGAAACUUGAACUCUCAAAAACAAACGCCAUCCCUAGCAGAACAGCAUCCGAAGCAGUGGAGGACAGAUGGCUGGAAGACCGUGUCGUCUCCUACGUGGUCGGAUGUUAGUUCUCUUUCAGAUUCAGUCAGAACAAGGCUAUCCAGCGAAUCGGACUACUCCUCUUCUGAUUCCAGUGUGGAAUCAAUCAAGCAGAUCAAGAGAAAAGGGCACGAUAACAAAAAGAAAACCAACAAUCUGCACACUAACACUGUGGACAAGAAAAAUUCUGACCUGUAUAAAAACUCUGCUGUGGAGAGUGCCAUCUCCAAAGCUGAUGUUGAUGGAAAAGUGCUGAAGAAGCAUAAAGUGAAACACAAGCAUAAAAAUAAAGAAAAGGACAGAGCUCCCAGCUUAGUGCUCAAUCAAGACAUGAAUGAGAAGUUUGUCAAGAGCUACUCUUUUGAUUUUGAUGAUUCCAGGCAGAAGUCUUUAAUUGUUGAGUUGGAGUCACCAUCUGAGAGCAAAGUGAAAGCAUCCAAACACGACAAAGAACAUGCAAAAAAGGAGGACAGGCUUGCUAAAAGCAAGUCUGAGGAGAAGGAUUGGUCAUCUGGAAAAGAUCUUCACAGACCGGCAAAAGAGGAUAAAAACAAGAAAGUAAAAGACUCCACCAAAGACAAGGCAAAUAAAGAGGAGAGGGAGAAGCCUGUCAAAUGUGACAAGGAGAAAAACUUCAAAGAAAAGGAGAAACCUAAGGAUGAAAAGCAGAAGGCUCACAAAGAAGAAAAAAAGAAGAAGUCCAAGGAAAAGUCCUCAAAGACAGACAGAAAGAGUGAGCUUAAAGAGGAAAAACAUCUAAAGGUGGAAAAGGAGAAAAACAGCAAAGACGAUAAGGAGAAGUGCAAGAAAGAAAAGGCACUGAAAGAAGAGUCUGAACACGAAGGCUAUGAUGUUAACCGGUUCAUGAGCCUUGAGGACACAAAGCUCAGCGCAUCUGAUGACCAUCAUGACCGAUGGGGCUCUGAUAUGUCCUCCGAUUCUUCUCUCUAUGGAGAGGACAGCUGGGAUACUCCUGUCAAGGAGAUUAAAGAAGUCAAGGAAUACAAAUCCAACAACACUGUCAAGCUAAUUGUUGAGACCGUUAAAGAGGAGACGAGGAGAAAAGAAAAUAAAGUCAAGGAGAAGAAGUCGGAUCACAGUGACAAAAAAUCUGAAAAAGAGCCUUCAUUCAAGAAGAAAGAGAAGGACCCUUCAGAAAAGACAAAUGAAAAGAAAAAGGACUGGUCAGAAAAGCAAAAAUUCAAUUCCAGCCACUCAGUUGACAAAGAGAAGAAGAGAAAGGAGUCUGUGGACACAAUAAAAGACAAAAAAGAUAAAGAUUCGCUGGACAACAGUCGUGAUCGAAAAGACUCGUAUGAGUUUGUAAAGGACAGAAAAGACCAAAAAACCAAACAGGAAUUAGUGAGAGAUGAAUAUGGCAAUGACACAUUUUUUAAAGACAUGGACAGUGUUGGAAAAUCUUGUGAUACCAGAGAAAGAAACCCUUCUGGCAAGGAGAAAGAAAAGAAAAAUGAAGGGGUGGAGAAAAAGGAAAAAACUAAAGCCGACAAACACAAAGACAAAACGAAAGACAGGGGAGCUGAUCAGGAGAAAGACAAGAGUGAGCGAGGCUCCACCGAGAAAAUUGCCAAGGAGAAAGACGCAGAGCGAGGUGGAAAAGACAAGAAAGAAGGCAUUAAAGACAAACACAAGGACUCACACGGUAAAGACAAAGACCGAAAGAUGUCUUCAGAACAAACAAAGGACAAAAAAGAAAGGGCGUCUCAAGAUAAACAUGCUGACAGAGAGAAGGAUUUUCAAGAUUUAAAGAAGGACGAGAGAAAAACAGAAAAAAUCCGUGAGAAAACUUGGUACAAGAUAGCCGACAUAUUCACAGACGAAAGUGAUGAUGACGAUGAUGGUGACAGCUACAACAGUGGUGUUCUACUUGGGUCAGAGUCUACUAGAAAAGAUUCUACGCCUGAUCAGGAUGAGCUGGAUCACUUUCCUCUAGAAAAAGUUAGAAAAUCAUCCAUAGAGGCCAAACACAGCACUGAAAAAGCAAAAGACAAAGAACACAAGGAAAAGAAGAAAGACAAGACCACCUUUGACACAGGUAAAGAGAGGAAAGGCUCCCUAGAGAAACACAAUAAAGACAAGAAGGACUUGGUGGACUCAAAAUAUAAGGAGAGGAAAGAUAGGAUGUCCAUAGACUUAAAUCAAGACAAGAAAAAUAAGCAAAAACUGUUGGAAAAGAGGGACACAAGUGAGGAAAAGUCAAAGAACAAGUACAAAGACAAACAAGACCACUGUAAGGAAAGGAAACCCUCAAAAAGCAGUGAGAAUGAGAAGUCUCUUUUAGAAAAGCUGGAGGAGGAAGCUAUGAAUGACUACAAGGAUGACUCUAAUGAUAAGAACAGUGAAAUCUCAUCUGAUAGUUUCACAGAUAGAGGUCACGAGCCAGUGCUUACUGGUUAUUACAACUCUGUCGGCCUGUCUGACAUCCCAGAGGACAGGAGAGACUCCCUGUCCAUUACUACACCACAAGACAAGUUCCGAGACAGAGAGCGGCACAGACAUUCCUCAUCCUCCUCAUCCAAGAAAAGCCAUGAAAAAGAGAAGGAAAAAGUGAAAAAGGACAAAGGCGACAAGCGGGACAAAAACGGCGAGAUAAGAGAAACCUAUGGUCGCAGAGAGAGUUUACCUUUUGAGAAAGAGCCUAUGCCUCUAGAGGCAGACCCUUACACCUUCCCAUUCGGAGGCAAGGGAGAUGACGACGACUUUGACAAAACUUUGGAGUUUGAAAAAGAAAUGUCAAAAAAGGAUAAAGAGAAAUCUACUGGUGUCAUCAGUGACAGGACAAAAGACAAAAAGAAGAAAGAAAAGCAUAAAGAGAAACUAAAGGAAGAGAAGAAUAAAUACAUGGAUGGCUUUGGAUCAUUUAAACACUCCAAAGAGGAUGUGAAGUCGGGGUUGAAGGACAGCCCCCAGGUUACCGUCCUAAAAGAAAGGUCAAAAGAACAAAGUCCGAAAUUUGAAUUAAAGAAAGACAGAAAUCGAGACAAUGUGGACAAAGACAACAGAGUCGAUCAUGGCAAAUUUAAGGGCAAGGAUGAAAAUGAAAAGCUAACUCAGUCCAAAGACACCGUUCGAAAGGAUAACCGUCGGGAAAAACUGUUGGUGGAUGAUGAUGACUAUCAAAUGACAAGUUUUGGUCAGAUGUUGAGUUUGAAAGAUCAGGAAAUUGGAGCACGCCUCAAGAAACAAAAAGAAAGAUUCAAGCAGAUGGAGAAGCUGAGACCUAAGUCAGGGGACCCUAAGCUCAAAGACAAGACAAAGUCCACAGAGGACACACGGAAGAAUCGCAGUGAUCUGUCAACAAAAAAGUCAAACUGCCUCGAGUCUGGUCUUAAAGAGAAGAAGCACAAAGACGUUAAUCUCCCGGCUCAAAUGAUAUCUCCAGGAAGGAAGUAUCAACCUGCUGAUAAUCAGAACCCAAAGGAUUGGUUGGCAGGUCACCAAAUGAAGGAAAACCUUCCUGCGUCUCCUAGACCAGAUCAAAAUAGGCCCACUGGCGUCCCCACACCAACGUCUGUCAUCUCUUGCCCCAGUUUUGAAGAAGUAAUGCAGACUCCUCGCACUCCCUCUUGUAGUCCAGAAGAUUACACUGAUAUUUUGAUUGAAGAUUGCCAGAACUCCUCAGCCAUGACUUUGUCCGGAAAUGCCUGCUCCCCAACUUACUUUAACAGCAGGUAUUCUAAUUCCCAGAGUUUUCAGGAGGACACCUGUCCAACACCUGCAAAGAACCUCCAGCUGCCACUCAUUAGCCGCUCUGCGUCAUCUGAUAUCCACAGACCUUUGGAAGAUGAGUUCAAAACUGAGCCUGAGAAGUUUCUUCGACAGCAGGGUGAUUCAACGGCUGAAUUUGAUCCUCCGUCUUCCGCUCAAGCACUGGAGAACAAAUCAGGACCUGUUGCUCAGAUGGGGUGCUUGUCAUCUUAUUUCUCCCCAAUAAGAAUGUUGUCUCCACGCCAAGAGCCGGUCCAUCCUGCACCCGAAGAGGCAGCAACAUCGCUUGCUGUUCCAGACAUCACUGGGCACUUGCCUGAAAGUGUUUACGGUCAUUUUUUGCCCAAACCUUCAACACCUGUUCACAGGCCGGAUCCCCAUGAACCGUGCUUUGACAUAGCUGCACCCCCAACCCCAGCUCCCGCUGCUUUGCCACCGCUAGAUAUUGACGAAAUUUCUGAGCCCCACCACAGUGAGCCGAAUCUGGUCCUCUCAGAUCUCCCUACUGUUACAGGACAUGUGCAGGAAGGAGGGGAUGAGGAGGAAGAAGGUGAGGACCAAGGCAAUUUGGAAGAGAGAACAGACGGAGACGACUGUAUCACGGAAGAGCAGGAACAAAUGAGAGAUCCUUGUACAUUUUCCCCUCAAGUCGAGGACAGUCUAAGGAAAGCUUGGCGUGCAGAGUCACCUGACCUAGAGAUCCAUCACCUGUCCCCUUCACAUUCUGUCCCUACCUCUGGUGAGAAUUGUUUUGAUCACAGCAUGGGUUGGAACGCUGCAGACCUUAAAUCUUCGCAUGUGGAGAUUGAAACUGCUGUGUCCAAAAUAACCAGUCCUUACUCUAACUCUGACAAUGAGAUGCAGCCGUUAUCUGAUCCCCCCAUCGUCACUGCCUCUUAUGCUAACUGGAACCGGUGGCACAAGGACGAGCCAGAGGACUAUGAUGAGCAUAAGGAGGCUGUGGAGGAUAUACCCUCACUAGAGAGGCCAGACACAACCAUGGAUGGGGAGCCCAACUAUUUAAACACGUCAUCAUCUUGUCAUAGGCUGGAGUCUUUUUUCCAAGACUGCAACAAGCCUAUUAUUGAAGAUGUGCACCAGAUGGAAACGGAGUCCCCUUGUGUUGAACCAGAGAUCACAUCGAACACACAUACUUUCAAUGCUACUCCUGAUGGUCACAUCACUCCACCCGUGGGCCCUGAGCCUGUGGUGCCCUGGGCAGAUCCAUUUUCUGCUGAUACAGAUGAACUAGAUGACUUGGGUCCGUUCUCUUUGCCUGACUUACCUUUACCAGACAAAUCAGAAGAGGUGGAGUCCCGAGAGCCUCAAAUAUCUGAUCAAAGCAAGAUUCAGACCCACAUUAGACACACUAUUACUGACAGAGAGGACUCAGACAUAAUGGAAAUGGAAUUACCAAGCAUAGGUAAAACGCUGUGUCCCACAGGAGAACUCAGUUUAGAGGACCCUGCUGGACAAGACUUGGUCGUACCAUCCCCACAUACCACCUUCCAUCAAGACUUGGACCUUGAGCCUCAAAGUGUUCCCAUCAGCAACUCUUUGCCUCUUAACCAACAACAAAGCGGUAUUUUAGAACAACAGCAGGCAUAUGGAGAGGAUGAGGAGUCAGAUGCCAGCAUGGUGUAUUCAUCUGUAAAAUCAGAUCCUGAUCCAUUAUAUCACAUGCAGCCACUUCCUGAAUUGUUGCACAUGUCGCAUGAUCCUGCGUCUGCUGUAAAGCCUAAUAAUACAAGACAGGUGGACCUGCCAGAGACUGUCACAGAGUCAAUGCCAUGCAGUCCUCUUGGUCAGCUCUCUGUGGCAGUCACAGUCUCCACACUGGAGACAGAAGACACCCAGGAGUCCACGCCCAAACUAUCAUCAGUUACUCCAACCACUGUGUUGGAUGUUCCCAAGAAGGUGGAGGAAAUUCCCCAAAGAAUGACCCGAAAUCGCGCCAAGAACAAUCCCCCUGCUGCUGCUGCCCUUCCUACCUCCAACAUGACAGCUUUGCCUGCUGCUGCCCUUCCUCUGACAACCAGUCCAGUAGUGACCAUUAAUACAGUCCCUGCCACAACUCCAACACCCACCUCUAUCUCUUCACUGUCAUCUCUCAAGAACAACUCCAGUCUGACAAUUUGCUCUGCUGCAUCAAAUUCCAUCCCGCCAGUGUCCGUACCUCCGUCAGUGACGUCUCCAUCAGUCGUUCUCACUAAGACAAAAGGUCGCCCACUUCCAGUGGAAGAAGAGGAACCACACACGCAGCACCCGCGGAAGAGGAAAUUCCCACGAUCUGCUGGACAGCAAGUUCAAGUCCAGUUAGUGAAUACAGCCAUGCAGCAGACCAGGGAAAUGAUUCAACAGACGUUAGCUGUUGUUGUCAAUGCCAUCAAACUGGAUGACAUUGAACCUUACCACAGUGACCGGUUUAACCCUUAUUUUGAGUACCUGCAAAUAAGGAAGAAGAUUGAGGAGAAGAGGAAGAUUCUGUGCUACAUCACCCCUCAGGCUCCACAGUGUUAUGCUGAGUAUGUAACUUACACCGGCUCUUACCUGCUGGAUGGCAAGCCCCUCAGCAAGCUACACAUUCCUGUGAUUGCUCCACCUCCAUCGCUGUCGGAGCCUUUGAAGGAGCUCUUCAGACAACAGGAGGCUGUAAGAGGAAAGCUCAGGUUGCAGCACAGCAUAGAGCGGGAGAAACUUAUUGUUUCAUGUGAGCAGGAGGUUUUAAGGGUCCAUUGCAGAGCAGCCAGAACAAUAGCCAAUCAGGCUGUGCCAUUCAGUGCCUGCACCAUGCUGUUGGAUUCUGAAGUAUACAACAUGCCAUCAGAGAGUCAGGGGGAUGAGAAUAAAUCUGUAAGAGAUCGCUUCAAUGCACGUCAGUUCAUUUCCUGGAUCCAGGACGUAGACGAUAAGUACGACCGUAUGAAGACGUGUUUGUUGAUGCGACAGCAGCACGAGGCGGCAGCCCUCAACGCAGUACAAAGGAUGGAGUGGCAGCUGAAGGUCCAGGAGCUAGACCCAGCAGGGCACAAGUCUCUCUGUGUCAACGAAGUGCCGUCCUUCUAUGUGCCAAUGGUUGAUGUCAACGAUGACUUUGUUCUUCUGCCUGCAUGACACACCAGUGCUCAUUGCUCACACAUAGAGAUGAAACUCCACCUGAGUCACUUCUUCUCAAAGAGACUUCGUUAAACAGAACGAAUGGAAAGGGCUAGCAAGUUGAAAAAGAGGACUUUUCACCGGGAAAAAAAAUUGCAUUCUCUGGAAAAGAAGCAAAGAUGAAAAACUUGCUUUUGAUUCCCUUCCGUGAAGAAGGAACGUUUUUACUGGAGGAAAAGAAAAGACAACUUGCACUUUCAUCCUCAAAGUUUUUACAAAUGUGUUUGUCCAGAGUGUGAAAAGCAGACAUGUUUUUUUGCUUUGAGGCUCUGAAGUCAGGUCACAAAUCCUCAACGUUCAGGUAUGGUGAGAUGAGGGGACAGAGAUUAAUUUAUUUUUUUUUGCCCCUGCAUCAAUAUCCACCGCCACUGGGAGGAUGCAUCAGAGACGAGCUCUCCCAAAUGCGUGGUGCCUGUUGAGAAGGAGUCUUAAGGAGGAGAAGCCUCCUCUGCUGAUGCAGAUUCUCUUGUUGGGCCAGGAGUCAGAGACGGUCCAGCGCAGACCCAGAAGAAGGGAAAGGAGCUGCGAUGCACCAUGUGGAUCUUCAAAGGCUCCAUGAAGCUAGAAGCACGCGCUGCUGGUUCUAGGGGUAUAAGACGGUUUACCCAAGUGGAUGCCCUUUUCUGCUCUUCCUGCAGCAGGCCAACUAAAACAGCAGUGCAGCAAAGCCCGCAACAGCAGAGGGGUUAGGACGCGUGCGCACGUCAGGGCCCAUGCUCUGGGAGGAAAAGACUGACUCAGCAACCUCUCGACCUGUUUAAAUGUGAGAGGACGAGCACGGAUCCCUGAAGACAGACCGGAGUGUUUCUCAGUGGCUCUGCUCGCCCUAACUCGAACGCAUCAGACCGCCACGGACUGCAAAAACAUGACAGAACAAAACAAAAAUAAUGAAUGUUGAUAUUCAAAGAAAACUAUGGAGAAAUUGUGGUUCGAAAGGAGGACGGAAAUAUUGUUUUUGUCUAUUUCUUUACUUGGGCAUUUCAUUGUUUUUGCGGAAGUGACUUGAAACACUACAGAGCCAAUAUUAGUUUAAUGGAAAAAAAAGUCAAAGAAAAGAGAAAAAAAAGUUGUAUUGCGUAAAUUAUGUACAGUUUUUAUAUUCGUUAACCAAUGUAUUCUUGCUGCCUUCUAGAUAAUUUAUUUUGCCACACAUAACUGCACAGUUGUAAAUAACCUCUGUACUGUAUUAUCACUCAGUUAAGUGUAAAGGAAAAAAAAACAAAAGAAAUAAAAAUAUCUUUUUAUGUAUAGUUCACUUUCAGGCAGCACUUUUCCCUCUUCAUAUCCAACAGGCCAAAACGUCUACACUAUUCUGUCAGUAUCUGAAAAAACCCACAGGUAAAUGAUCACACCUCUAGAUUCAGUCGACUCACCUGUACCUGAGUCAACACAAAUAGCUGACAGGUGACCUUUGGAUGAAACGCGCCUCCAACAGGCCGACCACCAUAUUGCCCCUAUGAUGUAGCAGAAAUAGAUAGUAAGGAUUUAUUUAAAAGGUAAACAGAUCAUAAGUAUUAAUUGCUUUACUAUUUAAUUAUAUCAAAAUUUUUGAACCAAGAAAAUGCCUUUUUCAGUAAAACAAAAUGUACUCAUUGUGGGGCAAAGUCAGAUAUGUGUAUAUAUAUACACAUGUAUGUAUAUAUAUAUAUAUAUAUAUAUGUGUGGGGUGAAAAAGAUGUCAUUCACAAGUAAAACCUUCAUAAAUGUUGAAUGUUUUUCUCAUAACUUUUGCUUUCUAUUUGAAGACGUUGGAAUUGAUUUUUAACCUCCACAAAAGGUGUCAAACGUUAAACUCUUGCCGUCUCGUCCCCAGAAACCGAAGAGCUGAACCAGUCUGUGUGUGUCUGUCUUCCCCUUGUCCAAUGUUUUGAAAGCAGCCAGCCUCCCUGUUCUCCAUAUUCUCACUUGAUGGCACCAGUGUUUCAGAAGACCAUUUUAAUUUUUCUCUUUUUAGGGUUAGCAUGAGCCCCUAGGCCUUACGCUUGAAUACGUCGUUGUUUUAAACAUAUUUCUUGGUUUUAUAAGCAGGUAACGUUUCCUUAUAGGAGUCCUGGAUAAUACCUGACUCAACCCACUAUUCAGUGAAACCUUUAAUGUCAAACAUUUAGCUCCAACAUCGUCUUACCGUUUAGAUUUUAAGUUUCCUCUAACGAGGGGCUCACUUAGUCAGGGAUUUUAGAUGUCAGCCUGCUUCAUCGUUUUUCAUGUUUCCCGUUAGAAUGUCAGGCCCAAAAGGACAGGUACAACUAAACCAAAAAAAAAGUGAAUAGAAAAUAACUCAAACAAUCAAGGGGGAAAGAAUAAUGAUUAGACUGCUGAUUUUCUUGUUAAAAGUCCCAUUGACAUGUUGGUUUUGUGUAUUGGAUUUCUGUUUUUAGUGGUUCUGAAAAGCUUUCCCAAACCCAAUGCAUAGGCUUUCUGUCUGUCAGUGUUUGAGAGCUGCUUAUGUGUCCUGAAGGCAAUAUGACCUGAAACUUAAGUUAUUGACACACUGUCACGUUCAGCAUAGUUGUGUAUGUUUAGUCGCUUGUGUGUGUGAUGGUUGUUGCUAUUACUGUGCUAAAUGUGUAGUACUGAGUCACACAUCCUGGUUACAUAAAAAAAUCUUUUUUUUUACGCCUCACUUGUCUUUGGGGGGGAAGUUGUAUCAUCCACAGACUCCUUGUAUGUUGAGUGUCUGUGUCUUUUUGUUUGUUUGUUUUGGCUAUGUCAUCUUUUUUUAACAUUUUUCUUAACUUCUUCUGUUUUGUUUUUUAAAGUAUCUAGUUACUAGUGUGUCAAUCAUAUUUCUGAUGGAGCAGAAUGUAAACCCCCUAACAAUCGAUCCCCUGACAGACAGCCUCUCACUAUUGUUUACAAGACAUCACAAGCGUUUUUUAUUUUUAUUUUGUUUCAUGCGUCACCGGUUUGUAGCAGUUUAAGCCCUGCCUUCAUUCCUACUUCCACGAUCGGCCAUAUCUGUUCACCUUAAAGGCUUGAAAUGGUGACAACUGACAGGUGAACUCUCCUCCAGACUGCUGCAUGCUGCUGUACAGAGCAAUAGACUAAUGGCGUCCAGAAUCGGUUCCCCGGUGUCAACAUUUAAGACGAAUUGGAGAGGCAGUCCUCAGAUGCACAGUUGAGCACUUGUCCAUGGUGAUAGAUGCUAACCUGAUCCCACCUCAGUCAGCAACAAAUUACCUCUUCUCUCCUCAAAUUCACUCACUUUCUUUAUUUUAGGUUACCUUUUGCUUAUAAUACCAGAUUUCCUUAUAUUGUAUAGAAUCACAAUUUCAAGCCUUUCCUUUAAACCUAAAACCGUAUCUGUUGCUUUGUUUUUCUCAUUUUAGAAUGGAAAAUGGCUAAUAAAAAAGCAUGGAGAACUACUCUUUAAAUGGUGAGAAAUAACAUAUUUAUUAUCUUUUUAUUUUUCUGACACUUGUGGUAUGUUUUGAGUUGAAGUUGGUCUCCGCUGUGUAAAUUUUCCUUGUUGUUUGUGAAAGAGACAUACUGUACAUAACUCUGUAAAUAAAACCUCCCAGGACAUUUUGCACCCUCCUCUUUGUACUAGUAUUGCGUAGAAUGUGGGGUUUUGACAGCAGCGAGCUGCUUGCACUCGCUGUAGGUGAUUAUGAUGUAACAAUGUAACUUUCUUUUCUUUUCUUUUUUGUACAAUGUAGUUUAUUUGUGUACAUAUUGUUGGAGCAGCUAAAGGGUUGGGAGGGUGGUAAACAAGGGGGUUUGUUGAUGCUAUUGUCAGUGCUGUAACAGAACUUUCAGUACUUUCACCUCUAGCUGUUGUUGAUUUCCUAAAGAGAUGUAAAAGAAAAAGACAAAAAAAAGGAGAGAAAAUUAGUCUAGGACGGGGCUCGGGAGGGUAUGGGAGACUAAAACUGAAAAGUAAAAGUUCUAAAAUGUUAUUUUAUACCAUUGCAUGUACAGAGAGCGAGAACUGCUGUUGUUCCUCAGAGAUUAUGUUCGUUAAUAAAAUUUUGAAAAAUCA